GCGCCACUGUGAGCUGUCUCUUCCCCAGAUCGAAGAUGGCGGUGUCGGUGUUUCCCGGCGUGCGGCUCCUCUCUAUCGGAGACGCAAACGGAGAAAUACAGCGUCACUCCGAGCAGCAGCCUCUACGACUGGAGGUGAAAGCCACACAGGACGCUGCCCUGAUCAACCUCUCCAAUGCAGAGGAGACAUGCGUGUUCAAGUGUUCGGUCUCCCGGGACACAGAGUGCAGUCGCGUGGGGAAACAGUCGUUCAUCAUCACGCUGGGCUGCAACAGCGUCCUGCUACAGUUCACCUCACCUGCGGAGUUCUCAUCGUUCUAUAACCUCCUGAAGAACUGCCGCGGCCACAGUGGAGAGCAGUCGGUCUUCAGCGACAGGACAGAGGAAUCAUCCGCAGUACAGUACUUCCAGUUCUAUGGCUACCUCUCCCAGCAGCAGAACAUGAUGCAGGACUACGUCAGGACAGGAACCUAUCAGAGGGCCAUUCUCCAGAACCACACUGACUUCAAGGAUAAGGUGGUGUUGGAUGUGGGCUGUGGUUCAGGGAUUCUGUCGUUCUUUGCUGCUCAGGCUGGGGCCAGGAAGGUCUACGCUGUGGAGGCCAGCACCAUGGCCCAGCACGCAGAGGUCUUGGUGAACACUAACCGUCUGGGGGACCGUGUGGUGGUGAUCCCUGGUAAAGUAGAGGAGGUUACGCUACCGGAGCAGGUGGACAUCAUCAUCUCAGAGCCCAUGGGCUACAUGCUCUUCAACGAGAGGAUGCUGGAGAGCUACCUCCACGCCAAGAAGUUCCUCAAGCCUAGCGGUAAAAUGUUCCCCACCAUCGGUGACGUGCACCUGGCCCCCUUCACAGACGAACAGCUCUACAUGGAGCAGUUCACCAAGGCCAACUUCUGGUACCAGCCUUCCUUCCAUGGUGUGGACCUCUCAGCCUUGCGAGGCGCAGCGGUGGACGAGUACUUUCGCCAGCCCAUUGUGGACACAUUUGAUAUCCGUAUCUUGAUGGCCAAGUCUGUCAAAUACACAGUCAACUUCCUGGAGGCCAAAGAGGAGGAUUUGUACAGGAUAGAAAUUCCCUUUAAGUUCCAUAUGAUGCACUCAGGGCUGGUGCACGGCCUGGCCUUCUGGUUCGAUGUAGCGUUCAUGGGAUCAAUGGUGACAGUGUGGCUCUCCACGGCUCCCACAGAGCCCCUGACCCACUGGUACCAGGUACGCUGUCUGCUCCAGUCACCCCUCUUCACCAAGGCAGGAGACACACUCUCCGGCACAGCACUGCUCAUCGCCAACAAGAGACAAAGCUAUGACAUCAGUAUUGUUGCCCAAGUGGACCAGACAGGCUCCAAGUCCAGCAACCUCCUGGACUUGAAGAACCCCUUUUUCAGGUACACAGGCAGCACCCCCACUCCCCCUCCUGGGUCGCACUACACCUCCCCCUCUGAGACCAUGUGGAACAAUGGGGGGGCCUACAGCAUGAGCCAGGGCAUGGCUGUGUCAGGGAUGCCUACAGCCUAUGACCUCAGUACGGUCAUGGGCAGCGGCUCGACGGUGUCCCACAACAACCUCAUCCCCCUCGUGAACACAGGGAUAGUGAAUCACACCCACUCCAGGAUGGGCUCCAUCAUGAGCACAGGAAUCGUCCAGGGAGCUUCUACUGGCCAGUCAGGUCCUAGCAGCAGCAGCUCUAACCAGCAGCAGCAUUAUCCCGUCACCAACCAGUUCACCAUGGGGGGACCCGCCAUCUCCAUGGCCUCUCCCAUGGCCAUCCCUAGCAACACCAUGCAUUAUGGGAGUUAAGACCUUGUCACCCCUCACCUCCGACCCCCUGCAUGACCUCUACUAGCCCCUCCCCCUGACCCACCACAGCCAGAAUACCAAAACCAGUGCUGUCAUGUUGUCCCUUCAGCACCUUCUUUCUCCUUUACUGUCCAUCUCUCCAUCUAUCACUGGUGUUAUUCGCUCAUAUCCGUCCCUCCCCGCCGCUACAGACACUCUCUCUGUUUUGAGAGCUGUUCCCCCUACUCCCUCCCUCUCUCAUCAUCGUGCAGCAGCUGCUAUGAUAUCCCCAGUCCAGCCAGAGGGUGGCAGCACCUCUACGUUCAACUGACAGACUGAUCAGCACAAGAAAUUGGCAGUUUGUUUUAAUGGAGAGCUGAACUGAUGUGAACUUUGUUUGACUGGACCUUUUUAUGCUUUACAGACGCAUACAUGUACACCUACACACACAUAUUGAACACAGAGACAUUUGUUGCAAAGAAGAACUCAUUGUACGACUGUACAGCAGGUAUCAUCUCCUUUAUCCGGGUUCCCUCCCUCCUCUCCUCCCUUUUGGACAUUUGGCCUCCCAUA